UUUCUACGUACAGAUAUUGAAACCAACAGAAUGACAUACUUGGAGAAAAUAAGAGAGUCCCAAAGAGCCAAUGGACCAGCCACCAUACUAGCAAUUGGUACAGCAACUCCAUCCAAUUGCAUUUACCAAUCUGAUUUUACUGAUUAUUACUUCCGAGUUACCAAAAGUGAACACAUGACUCAACUCAAGGCCAAACUGAACCGUAUAUGUGAGAAAUCAAUGAUAAAGAAACGUUACAUACACCUCACAGAGGAAAUUCUUGAAGAAAAUCCCAACAUAUCCGCUUAUGAAGAACCAUCGCUCAAUGCACGCCAAGACAUGUUAGUUAAAGAAGUACCAAAGUUAGGCGAACAAGCAGCAUCAAAAGCAAUAGCCGAAUGGGGAAGACCAAAAUCAGAGAUAACUCAUCUCAUAUUUUGUUCAACUUCUGGUGUUGACAUGCCCGGUGCUGAUUAUCAACUCAUCAAACUCUUAAAUCUAGACCCAUCCAUAAAAAGGUUCAUGUUAUAUCAUCAAGGUUGUUUCGCUGGUGGAACCGUUCUUCGUCUUGCUAAAGAUCUCGCUGAGAAUAACAUUGGUGCACGUGUCCUCGUUGUGUGCUCUGAAAUAACCGUCGUUACUUUUCGUGGGCCCAAUGAAAAUCACUUGGAUUCCUUAGUUGGACAAGCACUCUUUGGUGAUGGUGCUUCGUCUGUGAUUGUUGGAUCAGAUCCUGAUACAACAAUCGAACGACCAUUAUUUCAUAUCGUUUCAGCUUCAGCAACGGUUUUACCAAACUCUGAAGGUGCUAUUGAAGGACACUUGCGCGAAGUGGGUCUAACUUUUCAUCUGAAAGACAAUGUUCCAAAUUUGAUUGGUGAAAACAUCGAGAAGAGUCUAGAAGAAACUUUUCAUCCAUUAGGGAUUAGUGAUUGGAAUUCAUUGUUUUGGAUAGCACACCCUGGAGGUCCUGCAAUAUUGAAGAAGAUUGAAAAAACGGUUGGGCUGAAUUCAGAAAAACUAAAUGCAACUAAACAUGUUUUGAGUGAAUAUGGAAAUAUGUCAAGUGCAUGUGUGCUAUUUAUCUUGGAUGAAAUGAGGAGAAGGUCUAUGGAAGAAGGGAAAUUAACUACUGGUGAUGGAUUGAAAUGGGGUGUUUUGUUUGGAUUUGGUCCUGGCUUGACUAUGGAAACCAUUGCUUUGCAUAGUGUCAACAUAGAUCACCACAACUAGCUUGAAUUUCCAUGAUGAUUAUGGUGGAGGAUUAUUAUAUACUAGUGUUACAGUAAAAGAAUAAAAGAUAAUCAUGUAUAUAUACAUGAUUAAUGUUUGCUUAACCUUUUCAUUAUUGUAUUGUAUUGUAUGUAUAACCGUAAAAAAUAAUCAUGUAUAUGUAUAUUAUGUUUGCUUUUACGUGUGGUAUAAUAAAGAAGUUUACUAUUUCUACGUAGAAAA